AUGGAUAUGUCAUUAUCUCAAGAAUUUUGGCAAUCAGAACUCAAAAGAUAUAAUCUCACACGCCAAUUGUCAUUACUUGUUGAUCGACAAAGUUCAUCAACCAAUCAACAACGAUCAGGUUCAGCAUCCAUAGCUGAAAUCGUUUUUGAUAAUGAAUUAUGCACAUCAUUUCUCAACUACGCAUCAUCACAUCAUCUCACACUUUUUCAACUUGGAUUAUCCAUAUUUUAUGUCUUUCUAUUCAAACUAUCUCAUGGUGAGACUGAUUUAUGUAUUGGUUCUAUCAAUGCUAAUCGAUACCGAGAUGAACUACAAAAUCUAAUUGGAAUGUUUGUAUCAACAUUACCAUAUCGUGUUGAACUUGAUGCACAUUGGUCAUUUGACGAACUUGUUCAACAUGUACGAGAAAAAUGUUUAUCAAUUCUUGAACAUUCUCAUUAUCCACUACAACAUAUUCUUGGUAAUAAUCAAUUAACUCAAUCGAAUGUAUCAUUUCUUGAGAUAAUGUUUGAUUUUAUCACUGCGUCAAAAGAUAUGGGACAUUUAAGUUUGAAUGAUGCAGAUUUAGAACAAAUAUCAUUAGAACAAUCACUUGAAAUGUCAAAAUUUGACUUCUCAUUAACAUUUAUAUACAAUGCAUCAUCAGAUGAUAAUCAGAUGUCUUGUCAUUUUGUUUGCUCGCAUGAUUUGUUUGAAAAAUCAACUGUUUCAAAAGUAGCUCAAAGAUUUCAAUAUAUGUUUGAGCAACUGUUUCAAAAACAAUCAAGCAACAUUCCUGUGAUGAAUAUGAGUUCAUCGAUGAACCAAGUGUCUGUUAUCCUUCCUGAGGAAGCUGAAGAAAUGGAAUUAGUGUUGUUUCAUCGAUUGGAGAAUGUUGCGAAUGAAGCACCAGCAUCAUUUGCACAAGCUCUACUAUGGCAUAAUGAAUCUAUUCUUUUCACUCCUCACAUGUCACAAGUACCAAUCUACAACAUGCCUUUUGUUUAUUCUCUCGAUUCACACCAUACGUUAUCAGUGCAACAUCUUCGUCAUGCUCUUCAACUAAUAGUUACAAAACAUCAAUCUCUUCGAACAUCACUCAUAUUUCAUACAGAAAACAAUCGACUCAUGCAACAAAUCAUUAGUCUCAACCAAAAUGAUAAUACAUUAUUUACAUUUAUUGAAAGCACUUACACAACACAUAAACAACUCAAUCAUAUCAUACAUGAAGAAAAAUAUAAUCCUCAACUUUUUGAUGUUGCUCAAGGCCUUGUUUUUCGAUGUCAUCUUGUUCAUUAUAAACAAAUCUCUUCUGAUAAUGUUCUUUCCAACAAGGAUCUAAUUAUCUUUAAUUUUCAUCAUGCUUUCUUUGACUUCUCAUCAAUGAAAAUCCUUCUUCAUGAUCUCAAUCUAGCAUAUACAACAGAUCAAUUAAUAUAUGGAGACGACACUAAUCUUCGUUAUCUCGAUUAUGCUGUUAUUGAACAACAAAUGUCAAUGACUGGUGCAAGUAUGUUUUGGCUUGAUACUCUUCAUGAUUGUAAACUUGAUCGACCUUUAUCAUUACCAUUUGAUCGAUAUCGUCUCUCAAAUGAACAUCGAACUGGUCGUGGAACAUCAAUUUCUUUUGAUUUUGGUGAAGAUCUCUCACAUCAUUUUCUUACUCAUGCAUCAUCAAAUAAUAUAUCACUUCAACAUCUCACGUUUGCUAUUUAUUUCAUCUUUCUAUUCAAAUUAACUAAUGGACAAACAGAUCUAUGUCUGGCUAUGAACAUCAGUAAUAAUCGAUAUAGAGAUGAACUCAAGUCAAUCAUUGGAUUGUUUGAGAAUGUCAUCCCAUUACGAUGUCAGUUAGAUCCUCGUUGGUGUUUUCAUCAAUUAUUCGAACAUAUUCAAGAGAUAACAACAAAUAGUAUGAAAUAUUCAUAUUUUCCACUUCAACGUAUUCUUAAUCAGUAUCCGCAUAUUUCCAAACAUGCAUUUCUCGAUACAUGUCUGGAAUUUAUAUCAUACAAGAAUAAUAAUAUAGUGAUGAUUGGUGAUUCUCAACUUCUUCCAGCAACUUCCCCACUCAACAUUAAUGAUGAUGCCAUACUAAAUGCAUCCGACUUUUCUCUUUCUGUUUAUCAUAAUGUAAACAUGAAUCAACUAUCAUGCACAAUCAAUGCAUCACUCGACUUGUUCAAUAGAGAGACAGUGGAGAAGAUUUCACAACGAUUUCAUUUCAUCUUAAAUCAAUUAUCUGCAUCUAUUAUCGACAAUCAAAUAAACAAACCUAUCUAUGAAGUAUCAUUAACAUUAUCAAAUGAACAAUAUAUAAUGCAAUCAUUGAAUAAUACACAAGUAUCAUUUUCAUCUCCCUUGACUUGUAUUCAUCAUGAGUUUGUGUAUCAAGUCAUGAAACAUCCACAGAAACUAGCUGUUGAACUAGAUGAACAAUCUUUGACAUAUUGUGAACUCUUAUAUUAUGUACAAAUAUUAUCUUUAACUCUUUUUAAGGAAUAUCAUGUGUUUCCAGGUGAGGUCGUAUGUCAAUGUGUUGAGCGAAGUUUAUCAAUGGUGAUUGGUAUGAUGGCGAUUGAAAUGGCUGGUGGUGUGUAUUGUCCAUUGUCACAUCGAGAUCCUGAACAUCGUUUGCAUGCACUGAUACAACAAACACAAAGUCGUCUUGUACUUGUUCAUCAUUUAACUAACACCAAAUUCGAUCAUGACAUUGCUUUACUUGAUAUUGAUUCAAUAUUAAAUGUUAAUGAUAUAGACAAGAAAGAUCUUUCAAGUGCGAUAAUGAAAGGUGGAGAGAUAGCUUGUAUUAUUUUUACUAGUGGUUCAACUGGAAUUCCGAAAGCGGUUCAACUGAGACAGCAGAAUUUCAUCAAUUCAAUAUUAGGUUUCGUUCGGAUUGAUGCACUACACGAAGAUGAUGUUACGAUUCAAUUAGCUAGUGCGACUUUCGACGCGCAUGUGCAGGAAAUUUUAGGAUCUCUAAUCUGCGGAGCAACAAUAGCCAUGCUACGUCCACAAGGUGAAUCUGUCUCAACAGCCUUCAUUAAAGUACUGAUGCAGUUUGUUGCCCAAUCCUGUCGAAUUUUGAAUUUUUAUGGUCCUGCGGAGGGCACACUUGGAACUACAUGUCACCUAAUUGAUGUGACCUCUCGAAUGCAUCAUCUUCCGAUUGGCAAACCAUUACCUCGUUACAUAUGCUUACUUCUAAAUAGUUUCUUGCAAUCUGUUAUGAUUCGGGAAGGAGGAGAACUAUUUGUAGGUGGAGUCAGUGUCUUUCCUGGUUAUCUUGGACGUGAUGAUUUAACUGCAAGAGCUCUUGUUGAAAUUGAUGGUGGCAUAUUUUAUCGAACAGGUGAUCUUGUUACAAUGGAUAACAAUGGUCUUCUUCAUUAUCAAGGAAGAAAAGAUCAUCAAAUCAAACUACAUGGACAAAGAAUUGAACUUGGGGAAAUCGAACGAUGUUUACUUAACAUCACAUCUAUAUCUACUUGUGUUGUCAUGAAAUGGAAAGAUGAUUAUUUAGUUGCAUAUAUUCAAUCUUCUCAUAUGAAUGAAGAAGAACUACGUCAACAUUGUCAAUCUCAUCUUCCGCCACAUAUGAUCCCAUCUUUCUUUAUUAUACUUGAUAAACUACCUUUGAAUCAAAAUGGAAAAGUAGACAGAAAACAACUGCCUUCACUCGACUUUACAUUAUCGACUUUGUUAUCUUCCGAUAAAUCUGAUACUCCUCUUAAUCAGUUCGAAGAACGUAUACAUACUAUUUGGUGUCAAAUUCUUCAUUCAAAUGAAAAUCUCAUUCCUAGAACUACCAGCUUUUUUAGUGUUGGUGGUCAUUCACUAUUAUUUAUUGAACUUUAUCAUCAUUAUCAAUCAGUGUUUAACUUUGAUGCUCAUACACUUUCGAUUGCUCCAUUUCUUCAGCAACCAACUAUAUUUCAACAUGCACAACUACUUCUAACACUUCCGUCCAAUGAUACGCGGGCAACACGAUGGCAGACACUACCUAUCAAUCAAGGUAAAACAUUUUUAAAUUAA